AUGCAAAUAAGCCACCGCCUACCAAGCGGUCUGCAUCCAACCCUCCUUCUCCACUUCCCCAUAUCCUCCUUUUUCCGCUUUCAAGACUUUCAAGCACGGUUAUGCCUGCUCUUCAUUGCCACACUAUCUGAAGUCGAUACCUCGGGGCCUCGUUUUCCUCAUUACGAUGAGGACGCUAAAACACGGUGCAACCAGCGCGCUUUCUUCAGCUCAAUAGGCGCCAGUCCUCACAUAAUGAUGGAUACUUUUUCUCUUUUCAAGAUCCCAUUAUGA